AUGCCCGAUACAAGUGAGACUACAGGGCUCUUGUCAGUUACCCUGGCACGAUCGAAUGAAGUGAGUGAAGAGGAAUUCAUCAACUAUGUCCAACAGAGAAGAGCAUCCAUCGCGUCUGUGGGCACAGACCACAUUCCGCCUCACUUUGCUUUGUCGGCGAAGCGGUCGAGAAACUCCGUCGACGAUACACUUUCUGCAGCCAGAUCGAACAUUUCGGUGGCCAAUUCCAGCAUCAAUGCGAUUUUAUCCCACAACUCAGAAGUGCUCUUAGGAGAACCAAAGACCAGCCUCUACACAGAAACAAAAGUGUUGUUGGAGUAUUCUGUGCCAUUGGUAAUCACUUUCUUAUUGCAGUACUCUCUUACUGUGGCCUCCGUCUUUUCCGUUGGGCGCUUGGGCUCCAAGGAGCUUGGUGCCGUCUCCUUGUCCUCCAUGACAGCCAAUAUCAGCGGAUAUGCCAUUGUGCAAGGUGUUUCCACCUGCUUGGACACUUUAUGUGCCCAGGCAUUUGGCCGUAAGGAUUACACAACCGUGGGCUUGUAUUUUGUCCGUUGUACGUACUUGCUUGCACUCUUGUACAUUCCAAUUUUCAUCUUGUGGGUCUUCUGUUCCAAGUCAAUCCUCGUCUUCUUGGUUGGCGAGUCGCAAAAGGAAUUAGCUGAGUUGGCGGCAACAUAUUUGCAGAUCUUGGCUCUUGGCUUGCCAGGAUUCAUCUUGUUCGAAAACUUGAAGCACUUCUUACAAGCUCAAGGCAUCUUUCAUGCUUCAACAUACGUUUUGCUUGUCUGUGCACCAUUGAACGCUUUAUUAAACUACCUCUUAGUUUGGAAUAAGCACAUUGGUCUUGGUUUUAUCGGGGCUCCUUUGUCUGUGGUCAUUUCGGACUGGUUAAUGUGCUUUUUCCUCCUUUGGUACGCGUUGUAUGUGGAUGGAUAUCGGUGCUUGCCUCGCUUGCUGUUGUUCGACAGACGCUACUUUCAGAACUGGAGAAAAAUGACAGACUUGUCUGUUCCAGGGGUUUUGAUGGUGGAAGCAGAGUGGCUAGCAUUUGAAAUCAUUACUUUUACUGCAUCCACUUUUGGAACGGACGUUUUGGCAGCACAAUCCAUCGUUUCUACAACGUGUGUUUUACUUUACCAGGUAUCAUUUGCCAUCUCGAUUGCUGCCUCAACAAGGAUUGCGUGGUAUGUUGGCGCUGCUUCAAAAAAGGCAUUGUUGAUCGCCACGAAAGCUUCCAUAUACACAGCAGCUGUCUUUGGAUGCCUCAACGCAAUCAUUCUUUUCUCAUUGAGAGAUUUCUUUGCUUCAUUGUACACCAAUGACCCCAAUGUAUUGCACAUUGCAUCGCAGGUGUUGAUUGUUGGUGCCCUUUACCAAAUUAAUGAUUUUUUGGCUUGCACCACAGGAGGCAUUUUGCGGGGCCAAGGUAGACAAAAAAUCGGUGGUUACCUUAACUUGAUAUCCUACUACCUUAUUGCCCUUCCGUGUGCAUUUGUUUUUGCCUUUUACUUUGACUUAAAGUUGGUAGGUUUGUGGAUGGGCAUGGUGAUUGCGCUCCUCUUUAUCUCUGUGGCUCAGGUAUAUUUUGUUAUUUUUUCUGACUGGGACAAAAUCAUACGCCUGUGCAUCAAUGAGGGCGUUCUUGAGGAGGGAAACGUGCACAUUGAUGCACACUCUGUCCUCCCAGCGAUGCUGUCAAGCAACAUUGUUUAG